CUCCCCUUGUCACCCCCCCCCCCCUUGUCACCCACGGCGGGUUGAAGGGGUUUGUAAACGGGGGCUCUGCGACGCGUCGCGCGGGAGAUUGAGUUGGCUUCGAUGUUCGUCACCUUCCACUUGUCAAGCCGCAUUGACCAGCGUGGUGAAGUAUGGUCAAGCGAGCCACGUGCUCGACACGGCGGGGGGGGGGGGGGCUUCAUCCAGCAGUGGAUUCACAGAUGGCUGUAAAUGAUUCAUCGUAAUCAUCAGCCGCGCUCUUGGGAGCAGAGCACUUGCUACGUGCGGGUUGCCUGCGAUCUGUACCCACACACGCCCGCCCGGCCGCCUUUGUCUCCCCAGAGCCGUGUGUUUACAAUGUACGCGAGGCAACUUGCUUUAAGGCCGAGUCGACCUUGGGGUGGCCCGGGCUCGACUUGUUUCCUGCUAUGACGAGUUACGGAGCUUUUACGCGGAAGCUGCGAACGAAGCAGCCGAGACAGCAGCUGAGACAAGAGCCGAGACAAGAGCUGAGACAGGAGCCGAGACAGCAGCUGGGACAGGAGCUCGCAGACUCAGGCUGGGACAGGAGCUGAGACAGCAGCUGAGACAGGAGCCGAGACAGCGGCUGGGAGACUCCCCCUGGGACAGGAGCUGGGACAGGAGCUCGCAGACUGCGGCCUGAUGAGCUCACAGCCCCAGGGGCCCCACUCGCACGUCCAGCGCUGUGUGGAGGCAGCAGCGAGGGCUGGUGGAUCACCGCACGUGGGCGUCGAGGAGGAGCCGUCCCCCGGCUCGCCACAAGGAGGCGCUACAGGAGAGUGCGGCCGAAUCUCCAUCUGUUCCACCCGCGUGAGACGAGAGAGUCUGGCCCCCACUGCCGCCACGUGGGCACGACCCGACGGGCGCUCUGGUGUCCACGCACAACGUCAAGACGUGUUUGUGGAACUUCUUUGGCACCUGGCUGGGACGAGAAUCGUGAGGAGGGCAAUGGAGGAGGCGGAGGAGGAGGGGGGUGAGGACGUACGGGAAUGUUCAAACUGCCGGCGCCCGAUCGCCGCGGCGAACUUGCUGCUGCACGAGGCGCACUGCGUAGGCCGCCUGGCGCUGUGCGAGCGCUGCGGGGACGCCGUGCCGCGCGGGCAGCUGCAGGAGCACGUGGAGAGCGAGCACGCGGAGGUGAGGUGCCCUUGUGGUGUGGUCCUCGAGAAAUGCCAACUCGAAGAUCAUCAGGGCGGUGCUUGCGGCCUGCGCCUGUGCGAGUGCCGCUACUGCGAGCUGGCGCUCGCGCAGCGCCAGCUCCCCCAGCACGAGCGCUUCUGCGGCGCCCGCACCGAGCCGUGCCCGGCCUGCGGGGCCUUCGUCCAGCACCGCGACAAGAAGGCCCACGCGCUCGGCUGCCCGCGAGCGCAGCAGGAGUGUCUGCAGAAGACACUGGAGCAACAGGAGCUGCAGAAGCAGCAGGAGCAGCAAAUCCGACUCCAGAAGCAGCAGGAGCAGCAGCAGUGGCUACAGGAGCAGCAGCAGCAACUGGAGCAGCAGAAGCAGCAGGAGCAGCAGGAGCAGCAGGAGCAGCAGAAGCAACUGGAGCAGCAGAAGCAGCAGGAGCAGCAGAAGCAGCAGCUGAAGCAGCAGGAGCAGCAGAAGCAACUGGAGCAUCAGAAUCGACUACAGAAGCAGCAGGAGCAGCAGAAGCAGCAGCAGCAGAAGCAGCAGGAGCAGCAGAAGCAGCAGCAGAAGCAGCAGGAGCAGCAGAAGCAACAGCAGCAGGAGCAGCAGAAGCAGCAGCAGAAGCAGCAGCAGAAGCAGCAGGAGCAGCAGGAGCAGCAGAAUCGACUGCAGAAGCAGCAGAAGCAACAGGAGCAGCAGAAGCAGCAGGAGCAGCAGAAGCAGCAGUGGCUGCAGGAGCAGCAGGAGCAGCAGAAUCGACUGCAGAAGCAGCAGCAGAAGCAACAGGAGCAGCAGGAGCAGCAGGAGCAGCAGAAUCGACUGCAGAAGCAGCAGAAGCACCAGCAGUGGCUGCAGCAGCAACUGGAGCAAACACCAAACUUAGAGGGGCACCAACAGAAGCAAUGGAAGCAGCAGCAAUGGCUGCGGCAAGGGCACCCGCAUCAGGAGCUGCUACGGCAUCGAGCGCAGGGACAGCAGCAGCAGCGGCACCGCGGGGCCUGCACACAGAGAGAGGGUGGAAGGGGUCCCAGUCGCAGAGCAGGCGCAGGGAGCCAGCGGGAGACGCGGCAGCAGAUUGGAGCGCACCAAGUCCAUUGGAGAGACGAGACGGAGAGGGCCAGAGAGGCAGAGGAGAGAGCCAGAGAGGCAGAGGAGAGAGCCAUAGAGGCAGAGGAGAGAGCCAGAGAGGUAGAGGAGAGAGCCAGAGAGGCAGAGGAGAGAGCGGGAGAGCAAGAGGAGGGGGAGGGGCAGUGGGAGUUGGCGAUGGAGACGCAAAAGGAGACGGGAACAAGGGUUCUCAUGGAGCAGCGGUGGCAGUCCAGCUGGCCGGGAGGGACCGCGGCUCGCGUGGGGAGGCCCGGCUCGGGCACGAGCCGGGCCGGGCCAGCCAGGAGCCUGGUGUCCCGCAGGAGCCUGGUGUCCCGCAGGAGCCUGGUGUCCUACAGCAGCGAUGGCCCAUUGCCCAACAUCUCACCGGUGACGUUGCCACCGCCUGAUCUUGACCGUGCCGCCGCCUUGCCGACAGACGACAGCCAGAGCGGCGAGGAACUCCCCGGCGGCCACGCGCGGUUCCUCGGAGACCCCCAACCCUCGCGACCGACCCCCGCCGCGCCGUCGCACCGGGCCCCGGUGACGCCCGGGGCGGACGGUGGGGACCGCACGUUCCUGCCGUGCGAGUUCUGCGGGCUGCCCGUCGCGGCUGACGAGCUCAUCCUGCACCAGAGCGGCUGUAACGUGGAGCUGGCGCACGCGUCUGCGGACCACCGACACGCCAUCCCCACAACCCCCACCAGGGUCCAGCAGCGACCCGGUGACCCCCGGGGUCACCGCGAGCCCUCCGGGAACGCCUUCUCCCCUCGCCAUCCCGGGAACCCGGCUCAACGCGAUCCCUUCGCGAUCUCGGAUCGCCCGAACCCACGUUUGGAUGCGAGUUCCUGCGAGCCCUCGCGAGGCCCGGAUCACCGUCUGCCGUGCGAGAUCUGCACGGAGCUGGUGGAGGCCGAGCGUCUGCAGGAGCACCAGCAUGAAUGUCUGGCGCAGCAAUUCAGAGUCAUGACAAGUUUUUCUUCUGACCCGGGAUCGUGGACCCCGGACUGGUGAUGGCCAUUUCUCAACUGGGAUUGGUGGAUGCGUUUGCUGCACGUGCUGGACUUCACUGUGAUUAAUGGCGACCCAUGUCAGAUGUGUUUAGCCAGGUGAGAACUCGAGACACCCAGGGAGCCUCAUGUGCAAGAGUGGCCUGGGGAGAUUGGUCAACCAUCGGGGCCCAAUGAGUGCUGCUCUGUAGAAUCCCAAUGAGUCACUUGCAGCGUCAUUUUGGAAUUCGACAAAUUGAGACCGUGUCCUGGUCCUUUGCGUUCUCCAUCCUGGAUACACAAACUUGAACGACCUUGUGGGAUCUGAGUCGAGGGAACCAACCGGACAUCUGUGACGGGUCACUCUGGGGGGCAAGGUUUGGUGGAUCACAUCGUGUUUGUGUCGCCGAUGUGGCCAGCAGCAACCAGUCCAGGUGGCAGUCCAGCAGCCAGUGUCGCUGAACCGAUCCGUGUGUACAUCGAGACGCAGUUUGUCGAAACGACUUCAGAGUUUUGCGAGUCUUGAACCAAUCCAGUUCAGAUGAUGCACUCUCAGAAGGUCGUUUGGCUGAUGGGAUGUGUAAAAACAACAACUUGGAUUCAAAAACGAUUCUAUGUGGAGGGGCAUAUGGGAAGGAGGAGGCACGUGAUGUGUCUGCUGAGUUUGUGCGAUUACAAUUGGCGGUCGUCUCUGACUCGGGGAUUUUCUCCGGCUACUCCAGUCUCUAUGUCGUGUGUACUGUAUGUACUGUAUGUACUGUGUACUGUGUGUACUAUAUGUGGUGUGUGUACUGUGUGUGCUGUGUACUAUCCGUGCUGUGUACUAUGUACAGUGCGUACUAUGUACAGUGUGUACUAUGUACAGUGUGUACUGUGCGUACGGCGUGUACUACAGUAUAUGUAGUGUGUACUAUAUGUACAGUGUGUGUACUGUGUACAGUACGGUGUGUGCUGUGUGUACAGUACUGUGUGCGCCGUGUACUGUACGCACUGCGCGCACUGUAUGUAAUGUAUGUACAGUACAUACAGUACAUACAGUAUGAUGUGUGCUGUGUGCGCUACUCGGCAGGCAGCCGUCUCCUCGUGCGGUGCAUUGUGGGCUGGGUGACGCGACGCGGUUUUGCUUUGUGCGCUCCUCCUUUGGGAACGCGACUCCCAGAGCGAGGAACCCCGCGGACUGAGAUCUCGCAGUGCUCGUGACGAGCGUGUUGAGUCGUGUUUGUGUACAUUCUCGCAGCUAGGCCUCGGCAAGGUGAGGUAAAAGUUAAAAGGUAAAAACAACGAGCCUACCUUUACCCUACCUUUUACCCUUGCCCCAUACAAAUGACCCGAUUACAGGGUAAUUACUGGGGUACUACUACACAUGAACAAGGUUUAUAACGGUAAAUGCUGUAAGGUAGAGCGCUUUAUGCAUAUAGAAUACUCUCGAUGAUUCCAAUUUUACACGCUUGUUGUCGUUGUAUCCUCAAAUUUUGUCACUCAAUUUGUAUCCACUUCCUAAUGUGGUAUCGACUGCAAACUUGGUAUACUUAUGUCAUACUGAUGACAAUACUAUAUUAUAUCAUAAAAUUAAUAUAUUUUUCAACAUUCUUUUUUAUAUGUUAUUUUUCGGCUUGGGUCUAAUUGUCCACGGUCAACUGACGUUGGCUGUAAUUGGCCACGGUCCCUUACUUCAUGGCAAGCUUCAGGGCCACUUCCUGGAGUCGUGGAGUUCUGCCAUUACGAGUACAUUUAAUAAAAGUGUGUUUAAAAAAAAGUUUUUUUUAUAUUGUUAAAUGGAGGCCACGGACUACGUCACGGAGCUUUUAGCGGUAAACAAGGCACCGUAUUUACCGGAUUAUACUUCGCGCUACCUUUACCCUACCGGGUAAUUCUUCCGAGCUACCUUCACCCUACCCUUGACCUUACCCCUUGGCAUGUCGACACCUUUACCCUUUUACCCGGUAAAAAGGGUGAAUUACCUGACCUUGCCGAGGCCGAGUGGCAGCACAACACGUGACCUGUGUGAUCCACCGACCCCCGUGUGGCCGUGCCACCACCCUGCUCGCUAUCGACUGCGUGCAGUGGCACGGCACCACGUGUCGCACCACGUGUUGCGGCACGUGCCUGCACCACGUGUUGCGCUGGGUACAGCACCACGUGUCGCACCACGUGUUGCGGCACGUGUCGCGGCACGUGCCGCUACACGUGGUGCACCACGUGUAGCGGCACGUGCCGCUACACGUGGUGCACCACGUGUAGCGGCACGUGUAUAGCGGCACGUGGUGCCACACGUGUAUAGUGGCACGUGUCGCACCACGUGUAGCGGCACGUGUCGCACCACGUGUCGCGGCACGCGGCAGCUGCGCGCUGCGUAUCUGGGAUGUAACGGUGAUCAACGACGCGGAGGAAGUUCUGGCAAAAGUUGUUGCUAA